AGUUUGGAGGGCAGGCAGUUUCUGCUUGUUUUUUUUUUUCUUUUUUGGAGGGGGGUUGCGGGCGUGAAGGCAUUUUGAUAAUCGGCUCAGUAAUGAGGAGCGGUACUGAACGGCACCAAAUAUCUGACCUCCAUUCUUCUUGUGUUGCGGGAAAGCGACAGUGUGAGAGAGAGAGAGAGAGAGAGAGGGCCAUGUGAAAAAGGGGUGGAGGGAAGUUGAGAUUUAGUGCCCUGCUGGAUGAAACAACCCCCCACUAACCCACCGAGAGGGCAGCCAGCCUCAUAUAGGAAGAAAAGAGAAGAGGGGGUGCUGGACUGCUCAUCCAUCGGCGCUCACAGGAAGUCUUUCUACGCUCCGACAAUGAGAUUAAAACAAGGAGGCUUUCAUCUCAGUAAAUAUUAGCGUCCUGAGGAAGAAGAGGCGGCAUCACCAACAACAACAUCCAUAGCGUCAGAAGCGACAGUAGCACAAUGUCACGAACCGACGAGGUCAACAAGAUGACAGAGAAUGUCUACAAGGGCAUUCUGGAUCAGUUCAAUCCCAGCUUGAAGAAUUUUGUCACCAUGGGGAAACACUACGAGAAAGCCCUCACAGGAGUGACGGUGGCCGCCAAGGGUUACUUUGACGCUCUGGUCAAGCUGGGAGAGCUGGCGAGCGACAGCCAAGGCUCCAAGGAGCUGGGAGACACGUUGUUUCAGAUGGCCGAGGUCCACAGACAGAUCCAGGUGCAGCUGGAGGACGUGCUCAAGUUGUUUCAUUCCGAGCUGCUGGCCCAGCUGGAGCAGAAGCUGGAACUGGACAUCAAAUACCUCACAGCCACAUUGAAGAAGUACCAGAAUGAGCGGCGGUCCAAAUCCGAGUCCAUUGAGCGGUACCAGGCCCAGCUGAAGAAGCUGCGUAGGAAGAGUUUGGGCAGCCGUCACCCCAACAAGUAUGGAGAUAGAGAGAUGCAGUUUGUGGAGCUGAUGAGUCGCCGCCAAGUGGAGCUGGACACACUGGUUGCUACGGGUUACAGGUCCGCGCUGACCGAGGAGAGGAGGCGAUAUUGCUUCCUGGUGGACCGACAGUGUUGUGUGACCAAGCUGCUCAUCAACUACCACUCCAAGGUGAGAGAGCUCCUGUCGCAGAAACUGUCGUCGUGGCAGCAGUCAUGCACGCAGCCAACCAAGCUUCCAGAGCGUGCGCUCAAUCUGCUGCGUCACACGGCACCACAAAGCUCUGGAGCGGCCGGGAUCGCCGAGGUCCUCCGUCACACCAAGCUGGCCUCCUCUCAGCCGGAACAGAGGCUGUCAGUGCAAGAAGUUCCUCCUCUGUUAAAUGGAGACCGCUCACAGCAGCAGCAGCGCUCACUCCCUUCCUCCUCCUCCCAGAGUGACCCCAGUCCCCAGAGCUCCUCCCAGACCUUCCGCCCCGUGUCCGGCACCGGAGCAGGGGCCACAGGAGGCUCCCCGAGAGGAGCGUCUCCUCAGCACAGCAGCUCCCCUCUCAACGUAUUAACCGGGGCGCCCCUCGUCGACAGCAGCACCAGCGGCAGUGCCAGUCCCGCUGCCUCCACACCCACCGCUACCAUCGGCUCCUCCCAGCCCGCCGCCCUCCUCAUGGCCGCCAACACCAGCAACCUAUCACCGAGCCUCAUCCCCUCCACCGUCAUGUCUCUCAGUCAGGUGUCACCAUCCAGCAGCUCCUCGCAGGGCGUAACUCUCGCCAUCCCGCACAGCGCCCCGCACAGCGCACCGCACAGCCCGCCGCUCCCCCACAGCGCCCCUCUGUCCAGGGCUAUGACCCCUGUGCAGCUGCUGCACCAACAGGUGGGCCCUGGGGGGAACAACACUUUACCUUCCUCUCAUCCGUGGCUGAUGAAGACUGCUGAGAUGUGCGCCACGUCUACACUUCCUCUACCAAGGAGGCCUGGCAGUGAAAUGAGGCUUGGUGGCUUCCAAGGCUCCAGGAUGCUGCCUCUAUCCGGGCCAAUGCGGGUGGAGGCCAUGUUUGCUCACUCACCGGGAGCAUCAGAAGGCGGCGGAGGAGGAGGAGGAGGAGGCGGGGCUUCCCUGCUGCACUUCUCACCCGGGGACGGCAUCACCUUGCUGAUCUCUGAGCCGAGAGACGGGUGGCACUACGGGCAAAAUGAUCGGACCGGGCGGAAAGGCUGGUUCCCUUUCUCCUACACUCAGCCACAACAUAGCCGGACGGAUCACCUGGAGAGCUCCCUCUUCUUGUCGAAAGCCAACAGCACCAGCAUGAGCCAACUGGACCAGCUGGUGUCUCCAGCCCUCACUCCCGAGUCGGAGGAGGAGCGCUCCUUUCCUCCCCAGAGAAUCAGCACCUUCCGGCCUCGCCCUUACAGCAUGGCCGACACCAACAAGAUCACAGCAGAGUUGGCCUCUCCACCACCAUCUCCAACCAGGCCCAACCCCUUUGCCCACGUCCGGCUCAGGAAAACCGUCACCAACGACCGCUCGGCACCCAUCAUCGAGUGAGCGCAGCGCUCUUCUAGGAGCAGCUCAUUGGUUGUCGUGGUACGGUGGAAGCCGCUUAUGUUGGAAACGAGCACAGCAGCUGUGUUAGUCAAGAGUGUCAAGCGUCACAUGACAAGACAAGAAUGGUAAUAAAAAUAUGCAGACAAAGUCGCUUAUGUCGACAUAAACGGGUUCCACUGUGCUGUCCCGUCUGUCUUCCAUUUAGUGCGUUAGUUUGCAGUUGGUGUAUUUGUAAAAGGUGAGAGGCAAUGUAUGCGGAACUCAUCUGGGACGAAGAGACGAAUUACCGUAUUGACCCAAAUACAAGACCACCUGAAUAUCAUUUUGGACUUUUUUUAGAGGAAUAUUUAUGUUUAAAUCAUUAAUCGAUUGAACAGACGUUCAUGAAAACUCAUUUUUUAGGUCAGGGGUGUCCAAUUUUUUUCCACUGAGGGCCAAGGUACCGUACACAAAAAUUGAAGUAUGUGGUAUGAAGUAUAUACUCUAUUCGAUAUUCUUCCGCUUUGUUUUUGUUUAUUUUUUUACAGGUAUCCCUCGCCACUUUGUGCUUUGGCUUCACUAAAUAAAUCAUGCUGUUUCGUGGUUGAAUACAGCCUAUUAUUAGUCAAAAGAUAUGCAUAUUGAAGCAAGUUGUCAUAUUUUCUUUGUGAAAUUAAGCAUUAUCAAGCACAAAAAUGGCAAAAUGAGCUAAAAUACUGUACAAAUAUAAGGCGAGAAGGAGGCGGCUGGAGCGCUGCUGGUGUGCUCAUGGAAGAGAAAGUUAGCAUGCUGACACCUAGCAUAACAGUGUGUUCAAGUGUUCGUAUAAGUGUCUACCCAUGAAAACGGCUAAAAAUUCUACUAUGCUAAUAUUAGCAUGUCAGCAUGCUAACACCUACCAUGAUAGUGGUAAGUUUUUAUAUAUGUGUGCACCCAUGACAAUAAAAACUGCUAACGUUAGAAUGCUAGCAAUGCUAAUAUGCUAAUAUUAGCAUGCUAACACCUAGCAUGAUACCACAAGGCUAAAUGUCCCGAACAAGUGGCAAUUUUUUUGUGGCGUUAUAUGCACAAAUGGCGAAAAUGGUCCUAUCUGGCAAUGUAAAGAAAUAUCCUUUAAAAAAUUCCUGGAUCCAGACGGUCAUUUGGAUCACCCCCAAAAUGUAAUCAGUUCCUCCAUCACCCAUUUCCGACAAUUCCUGAAAAUUUCAUCCAAGUCCAUUCACAACUUUUCAAGUUAUUUUAAGCACAAACAAACAAACAAACAGAUAAACUCUGGCCAGAACAUGGUGGUGGUCAAAAGGGGAAAUUGACUUAUCACGGUUGGGUGUGGAACCAAAGAGCCACAAUGAACGAGGGAUUACUGCAUUGAAGCAUAUUGAAGCUUUGUGUGAUAGGAGCGAAUAGAAAAACUUUGGGCACCCCUGUCUUAAGUGUUGGACAGUUGUUGAAUGUCUCUUGGAUCGGCAUUGUCUUCAAAUUAGCAUCAUAACCCCUCCAUUAUUUGCUAACACGGUGGCUGGUGUGUGUUGCGAGUGACUGGAAGAAAAGCUCGGGAGAUGUCACCUGUUUGAUCUUGUUCACAUUGUUUACUAGAGGGUCAAUACGGUACUUCCAAAUAAGUAUAUUUGGAAAACUGUUACAUGACACCAAGACUAAAAUUAGGGUUUAGAUUCUUUUUAUGAUGGUUUUGCUGGAUGUGAUCAGUCGCUGUAUGUAAUAAUUAACAUCCUAAAGUUCAUUUUUCUCUCAUCCACAAAAGUAGCUCAGUGUAUUGAAGGACUGGCUCCUAUCUACACCUUUAUAGUAAGUACUGUGCCUUGGGAACAGGUUCCUACUAGCUUGGUUUCCAUAUAGUUUGAAAUUGAUUUUUUUUUUAGAUGUAGUUAUUGUGUAAAUGACAAAUAUACAGUAUAUACAUAUGAGUGUGCACGUGAAAAGCCAGUAAACAACAAACAUGCUGCUGCUUUGACCUCGCAUAUCAGCAGUGUUGCCUUACCUCGCCUACGCAGCUUUAAAGGGGCCCCAUCCUAGUUUUCACACUAUCCACUUACGUAUAUAUACAUCAGUUCAGGCGACACUUGGUUCACCACAUUGGACGGUCACGAACCCACGACCACAAAUGAAUUGAAAACAUCAUUUUGCUUUGCGGGAGGAAGGAUACUGUGUGCGUCGCUUAUUAGUUCACCUUUUCACACGUCACUACUUCUCCCAAGCGGCAGUGCGCCAAAUAAAAGGAAAGCCAUCACCUUGGAAGUGACGAGAGGAGACACUUUUGGUCUCAUCAUGAAGGAAAAGGACGAUUGAAUGCUAAUGAAUGCCAGAGGGGUCAUGGAUUCUGUGCGCUGUUACAUCAGAGUGUUUCGGCCAAGAGGAGGAGAAGGAGUAUUUUAUUAACAGAAACUUGCCCCAGUGGGAUCCAGUAACAUUUUAAAAGCCCCAGAAAUGAGCGGGAUAGGGUCCCUUUAAAAAAAAUGAGACCAUGAUUUUUGAUCCCCCUAAAAAAUGGAAGAAAUACUAUUUUUUCAAAUAUUUCUUACAUUUUUAAAUUUUCUUAGCUUGGUCUCAUUGAAACGUAAUACCUUUUUAAAAUAUGAAAACUAUAAUGACUUGUAGCAGCAUAAGACUUAAAGGGACAGUUUCAACAUGGAGUCGUAUGACAUCACCAUCAGCAGUGUUGCGCAUCAACGGUGACUUUUCCGUGAGCAGCGUUCGUUAUCCGCGUCAAACGGUUUUGUGGCGCAAAUGUACUGUAUUACUCUUUUGACAAGCAAAACACAACUAACUGCAACUACUUUCUUCAACACCACAAACGGACCAGUACUAUGCUCACGGGUGGGUGGCUGGGGGGGGGGUGUCACUGGCUGCGUCCCAAUAGCAGUUUAAGUUGCCCUGUUGACUUCCUCUAGGCACUUGAUAUGACAUCGUUGCCGACGUCAUGCGGAGCCCCCUUGCAGAGCCGAGGGAAAAUGGAUGUGGGAGAAAUGGAAGUGAUAAAUGGAACGCACCUUCCCUUGGUCACUUUCAGCCCAAGCAAUCAUGGUUCCGCCACUAGCCGUAAGUGUAGCACUGUGCUGCUUCUUACAAAUAAGAAGACAUACCUGCCUAUUAUUAUUUGUGUUAUUUUAAUUAUUAUUUAAUAAGCCCAUUUGUGUAUUACGCAGUCCCGAGGGGCCGUGGAGAAAAAAAUGAUGGUAAAAAUGGUAAAAAAAAAAAAAAAACCCACAAAACCGUUUACAUUUAGAGCGUUCUACUUCCGCUACUUCCGUGUUCAGAACGGAUGUUUGCGUUGAAACUUCAAAUUAAGAGCACGAUAUUGGUUGAGGGUCUGAUAUGACUGUUUACUUUUAGGACAAGCAGUGCACGCGAGUGAAAGAAUCCCAUGUAUGGCUAAUCAAUGUAUUUCCUUUCGAGUGCCGGUAAUCAAAAGAGAUGUUUCCUGCAACACUAGCUAGGACCGGAUGUUAGCAUUUUAUUUUCAGAAGAAGAGCCGGAUAACCAGCACAGAAUUGAAAACUUGUCCGUAUAGUUACAGUAUCACUUGUGCAGUAAGAGAUGCGCAAGUGCUGAAGAUGGAAAUGAAAUGAUGCAUUUCCACCCCGUUUUCGCUAUGCGGACGUAAGCUAUGACCGGAAGUGUGUCCUGAAAGCUUCACUUAGUUUUGCGAAAUCUUUUCUUUAGUUUUAGUUUAGCUUCCAAAGUUGGGUUGUUUGCUUCGAUUUAGUGUUAUUGUUUAAAAAUAGUUACUUUUUUCUGUAGUUGUCGUCAUGGGUUUUUGUUUGUUUAUAAAUUGUUUGCCACUGCAAAAGUAGUAAAAUAGAAUAACUACCGUGCUCAUUUUAUGCAUCUCCUUCUUCCAAAGACGUUCAUUACUGCCACCCCAUGGAUGUAGUUUUUUUGCACCACUGCAAUGCAUUGUGGGUAACAUGCAACUCUGGAGGGGUUGUCAAUGUUGCCUCACUCCCUCAGCCCUCCGAGAGUAUAUCGCACCAAGUUCACUUCAGCUUUUCAGAGAAAUGGAACGACACUUGUGAUGGCGGCCCGAGGGCAACUCAUAAACUAUUGCAAUGCAGCCACUGCUGAUGCUCACGUCAUACAACAAAAAAUCCCAACUAUCCCUUUAACAUGUGGCGUGUUGGGGAUUUUAUCAAAAAGGUGCUUUUUAUGGGGAAAAGUAUGUUGUGGAGGGUGGGUUUUAGUCUUUGGAUCCCUGCUUUUUGGUAUCUUUGUGAUUCCUUUCGCCAUCUGUCCCAAAUCUACAAGCUUGGGACGGUUGAUCAUAAACGUUUACCCAGGAAGACUGAGCAGAAUCCUGUUUGGAUGAAAAUGUCGGAAGAUCGAAAGUGCUGGAGAAGGUUGACAAGGAAGUUGAAGAAAGCAUUGGUGGUAAACGAGAAAUGACUUUUUGGUAGCUCUGUAGCCCCUCAGACGGGAUGAGGAUGUGGUUGUUAGUCCCCUCAUCUUUAAAGAAGGCCUCCAAUGCAUUCCAGUGACUUAACAUGCCUGUUGUGUGACCUUUCUUACAAUAACUUGACUUUGGUAGUAGGAUUUGAUGUUUCCCAAAAUGGCUUGUAGGUUUAUUGACCACCAAUCAGACACAAUGGUCUACUUGAGCCAUUUUCAUUAGUGUGUGCACGAUAUACUGUAUGUGAGCUGCAAGAGAACACAAUUGAACGGGCGACGCCAGGCGUGGAAAACACGUUAGAUACUCUUCUAGUACCAAAGUCAACGUUUUAACACUACGCACCAACGUCCACGUGGAGCGUGUGAGGCUGCAGAGCUUCCUAACGAUGAAUAUUGACAUUUUGUGAAAUAAAAAAAAACAAUCUACGAAGGAACUGUUCCUCUGGUUGUCUGUGUUUUUGCAUUGUGAUCCAAAAUAUCACACAGGGAGCCUUCUUCUGUUCUCAUGCGGGCAAACAAUGAAUUCAUUUGAACAAUUCUAAUCAGAUUAAAGGUUGCACAAAGCAUAAACCUCUCUUGAAGAGAUCAGUUGUGCUGAAAAUAAAUCCUUUCCACGCCCAAUCAUUUUUUUUAGGACAGGAAACGUUUUCAUUUGAACAGACAAUCUUUACUGGGAGACGUUGACAAGUGCAACCGACAGGAGGAGAGAACGUGAAGGUUAUAAAUCUUUAAACCACUCCAGCUUGUUUCCUUGAGGGUCACACGGGUGUGCGGGAACGUCGGGCAUGUUUCCGUCAUCCCGCACAGGAACUGCAAAGGACACGGGGAGGAGAAAAAAAACAAAACAAGUCUGUUCAAAUAUUUUAAGUUUACCAAACAAUGUUGAGCUGCGUACAUGUAGGCUGCAUCUGCAUUACUUCAACAUUGUCGUUUGUCGACUUAACCGAAUCUGUUGUCGUUUUUGCCAGAGACAUAGGACACAGGAGCGAACCAGCAACCUUCACCACCUGAGCCAGGAAAAUUGCACUUUUUUUUUUUUUAAUUACAAAUAAUUUUGCCCAUCAUGCACAAUUCAUAUGCGAGAUCGGAACACACGUUUCGCUCUUUUCUGUGCGUUCGAGGCAGCUGAUAAUGCAGGGCUCCAGACCAAAAUCGUCUUGCAAAUUAAAGUAUUCACAUUUUCACUGCAUUACUGAUAAACACUUGUACAACAAAUGGCAACUGUCCUGUCUUACCACCCCGUUUCUGUCCCUAGCCUCUGAAAUGCCUCGCACGUACGCCGUGAACGUGAUAAAAAAGAGCUCCGAACUAACCGCAUUGCUUGUAUUUUUUUAAGACAAAAUGUCACUGUGAUUAAAAACAACAACAAAAAAAGUUAUGUUUGGAGUCUGAAGACCAGAGACUAGGCGGAAAACUAGCUAGCUAGCGAGGCGGAGUGACCCCCGGGCAAACUAAACAAAGAUGACAGAGAAGUCGAACGGCAAUUAGAUUGGAAUGUGAGCAAUCACACACACCGGCAUCGACAGGCUUAGCAGUCGUCAACUGACGCUACAUUUUAUUUUUAAUUCUCCCUACAAUAAAGGGACAAAGUGCAUCCGCCGUCAACUCAAUACAGGAUGCGUGCUUUUAUCUGGUCGCACAUGCGCGAGUAGAUGAAAAAUUUACUCGCAUUGUCUCAAAUGUUAGUCGCAAAAUGCGACCAUGGACUCGCAGUCUGGAGCGCUGUAAUGCAUUGCAAUGUAAUGGGAUGGGAUUCGCCUAAGAAGCGCGCUUAUAAAAUGUCUCUAAAAACUCUCCAACAAGGUCUUGUAUCCCUGACCUGAGCAUGUAGUAACAGGCACAUUCAUGAUAACAUGUAAUACUUCCAGUUUUGACAUAUUUUGGUCCUUUGAAGCAUUAAGUGUUUCUGUCAGACUACCCCAGGGACUACCCCUGUGCGUACGGCUGUAGAUUACCACAACCAGUGUGCCACGUUUCAUUCACAAAAUGAGACCACAACUAAACUCAAUUCAAACUCGCAGGAGAUGCAGCGACUCCAGUAGCCUACCGUUGUGAGCGAGGCGCUGUGUCACUACGCAGGAAAAGUAGUUCUUCGGCGUGAGCUCCUACAAUAAUGACGUCGCUGUAGCUUCGUCAACUUGCGUAAAUGGAACAUUGUUGGUGUUUUUUGGAGUUUUUAGUAGAGGGCCUACGUGCCUUGUUAGCGUUUUUUCUCUCUUUUGAACGCGCAGAAAAGAGAAACACGUGUGUUCAUGUUUCACAAAUAGGAUUGUGAAUGAUGGGCAAAAUAAAAAAAAAAGUGCAGUUUCCCUUUAAGUUAACAAUACCACACAUGUCCACGUAAAUGGACUGGUUUGCAUAGAACUUUUAUAAUGAUAAGGCGGCCAAUGAUGUAGUAUAUGUGGACAUUGGCUUAAGCGGGCACUUUGUAUUAAUAAAAACACACUUGUGACUGUAGGCCCAUAUAAGCGGGUUGUCGACAUAAACGGGUUCCAGCGUAGUAGCCAUUCAGCUCAUAAACAGUGGCUGGUCAACUUGGAACACAGACUUUACCCGGGUAGUUGUAUGGCACAGCAGCAUUGAUCAUCCCAGAAUACUUCGUGAAAGGGCUUAUUAUGGGAAGAGCAAUACCUGAAAAAGGAAAGGAUAGAUAUUUCUGUCAACAAACACAUGAUGUAAACACGGAAGAGAAGUGUUACUUACCCAUCAGUCCUAUACAGCAAGAGGCCAGGAUGACGGGCUCCUUAUUCCAUGCAUUUUUCAAAAAGGCUGCAAACCCUACACGUAAAUACAAACAUUCAUGUAAGAGCACGACACCUGCUGUUGUGUUGCGCAUCCACGGGAAGCUAACUCGUUUAGCCGAUGUUAGCCUUACAUCCAAGGUCACGCUCCGUUUUAAACCGACUGCUAGUAGCAAUGCUUC